GGUGAAGGAGAGUCAAAUUGCAUGUGGAUUAGUUGGAGUGGUCAACAUGUGAAAUGUGAACAAAAGAAAUUCCAAGAAAUCCAAACUGGGAGCCAGGGGAGAUUAUAUAGAUUUACUUAUUCAUUAUGAACAAUUCAUUACGUCCAGUUCACCACAACAAUAACUACAGCUUGGAGACCUUUCUUAUAUCAAGGUUUUGAACCAGUUGAAUCGCUCGUUGUCUGCGAUCCGAAUUUUUACUUACCAUCAGGAUUAUUUCAUUACCUAGUUGUAGCUAUUCUCUCGGUAUGGGAAAUACGGAAUCAAUAGACUAUUCAUAUGAUGAUGAUGAAAUUAUGCCGCAACCUUCUUCUUAUGUUGGGCGUUCUGUGGACCACUACUAUCAGAGCACACGACCGCAAUCCUCUUACAUACCAGAUAGUUUCAGCUCUUUGGAUAAGGUUAUUUCUGCAUUAAGAGAAGCUGGUCUCGAGUCAUCAAAUUUAAUCCUUGGUAUUGACUUUACGAAGAGCAAUGAGUGGACAGGCAAGUAUUCAUUCAAUAGGAGAAGCCUCCAUGCAACUACUGGUAGCGCACCUAAUCCAUAUGAGCAAGCUAUAUCUAUAAUUGGCCGCACAUUGUCUCCUUUUGAUGAGGAUAAUUUGAUACCUUGUUUUGGAUUUGGUGAUGCAUCAACACAUGAUAAGUGUGUUUUCAGCUUCUUUCCUGAUCACCGAUCUUGUAAUGGUUUCGAGGAGGCUCUUGCAAGAUAUAAAGAGAUUGUUCCUUGCAUAAAAUUGUCAGGUCCAACCUCUUUUGCACCAAUUAUUGAUGCAUCAAUUGAUAUAGUGGAGAGAAGCAAUGGGCAAUAUCACGUCCUAGUCAUCAUUGCUGAUGGACAGGUCACGAGGAGUGAUGAUUUGCCACCUGGAAGAUUUAGUCCACAGGAACAAGCAACUAUAAAUUCUAUAGUUGAAGCUAGCCAUUAUCCUCUCUCAAUUAUUUUGGUUGGUGUGGGCGAUGGACCAUGGGAUGCUAUGCAACAAUUUGAUGAUAACAUUCCUCAACGGUCAUUUGAUAACUUCCAGUUUGUAAACUUCACAAAGAUCAUGUCUGAGAACAAGGAAAUGUCGAAGAAAGAAACAGCCUUUGCACUUGCAGCUCUCAUGGAAAUUCCAUUUCAGUAUAAAGCCACACAAAAACUCAGGAUUGUGGAAAGUGGAAGAAGAGGGCCACGUACACAACCACUUCCCCCUCCACGUGAAGUGAUCGAGCAUGAUAAUGCAGUUAGAACAUACCCACACAUGACAAGUUCCCAGUCAGUUGAGCAUGCAUCCCUCAUGGACCAGACCUGCCCCAUAUGCUUGACAAACCCAAAGGACAUGGCAUUUGGAUGUGGUCAUCUGACAUGCAAGGACUGUGGCAUAAGCUUAUCAUUGUGCCCUUUGUGCCGUGAGCCAAUAAUGACCCGCGUGAGACUCUAUUCCUGAUAAAAUUCUCUUUAGCUGCUGCACGCUUGGAAGCUUGUUGCUGAAUUGGAAAAAAAAAAAGUAUUGUAUUAUUCUUCUAUUCCUCUUCACUUAAUCUAUUACUGUACAGUAUCUGGCAAAGGUAUUUGAAGUUUGGUUUUAGAUUUGUAUCUUUAUUUUUGGAUUCAAUUGAUGACCUCAUCAAUAAAUUGUAUUAUUUUUUUUUCCCCCGUCUCCCUCAUAUGAGCAGAUAAUUAUUGAUGUAUAUUACUGUUUGAUCAGCUUUUAAAAUUUUUCCUUCUUGAAGGUGAUUAGAAACCAA